AGUUUAUUGGGGAGGACUAUAGUCUGGAAAUAAACUGAAAUCCAGGUUUCACAGAAAUCACGAGCCAUGUCACAUGACGUUUACAAACCAAGCCGGAAGUGGAGUGAACUGACGCACGUCAACCGGAACAGCUGUGCAAGGGCCCCAAAACAGAAAUCAUCAAGACAGUAUUUUAGUCUGAAUUAAAGCUGGAUCAAGAUGACUACACCUGAAAAAUACCCUAGGUCUUCUAUUGAAGAUGAUUUCAACUAUGGAACAAAUGUUGCGACAGCGAGUGUGCAAAUCCGGAUGGAUUUCCUGCGCAAGGUAUACACCAUCCUGUCUCUUCAGAUCAUCCUGACCACGGCUACCUCUGCUCUCUUCAUGUACUGUGACACCAUCAAGGACUUUGUCCAUUCAAGUCCAGCGGUUGUGUUGGUGUCAGCCAUUGGCUCCCUGGUGUUGAUCAUUGCCCUGGCCUUCUACAGACAUCAACACCCCAUUAACCUGUACCUGCUUGCCGCAUUCACCCUGUUGGAGUCGGUCUCUGUUGCUACUGCAGUGACCUUCUAUGAGUAUUCCAUCGUGCUCCAGGCCUUCUUCCUCACAGCAGCUGUGUUCCUUGGGCUGACUGCCUACACCUUCCAGUCGAAGAGAGACUUCAGUAAACUGGGAGCUGGACUGUUCUCCGGCCUGUGGAUCCUGAUCAUCGCUGGUUUCAUGAAGCUCUUCUUCCAGAACGACACAGUGGAGCUGUUGUUUGCUGGUGCGGGAGCUCUGUUGUUCUGUGGCUUCAUCAUCUACGACACCCACCUCCUGAUGCACCAGCUGUCCCCUGAGGAGCACGUCCUGGCCUCCAUUAACCUGUACCUGGACAUAGUUAACCUCUUCCUGCAUAUCCUCCGCAUGCUGGACUCCAUGAAGAAAAACUGACCUAUCUAUUCCCUAAUGUAGUGCACUACACACUAUUACCUAAUGUAGUGCACUACACACUAUUACCUAAUUUAGUGCACUACGUUUUGACCAGGGCCCUGUAUGAACGUCGUGCACCGUGAAGGGAAUAGUGUGUGGUUUGGGACUCGGGGCAGAUUUAGUGAUCAGCUGACAGGGUGACUUGGGAUCGAUUCAGUUCUCAAUUCAGUAACAUUUUCUUGGAAUUAUUUAUAAAAUCCUCAUAGAAAAGAAAAUGGGUAUUUAUCGAUUCACCUCCAUGAAUUGAAGCCUGUUUUGCCCUCCAUCUCUGAUAGCCAACCCUGCUGUAGAUCCCACCAGUGAUUGUGAAACAUUAACCCCUGGAGAUAAUAAUAUAUUAUAACCUGUGCCAUUUUGUUGUUUUUUAGCAUUUUGGGACUGGCUGUGUUUUGGACUUAAUGCUGUUUUUUUGUUCUUAUACUGUUUAUUAUUCUGAAUGUAAAACAAACUAAGACAUCGUAUUUAAUUGUGGGUUGCUCGCUCAGUGAAUGAUUUCUUCCUGAAUAAUCAGGCAUACGGAUUACGGAAGGUUGUGAUGGUGUGAAAAAAGCAGAACACAUUUCUUAGGAAAGUACUUCGUUCUACUUUAGUUUUAACUUCCAUCCCCCUCGCUUGCCGGUAGACUGAAUAAACUGGCCAUGAUCAUCUUAGAAAGACUUGAAUAGUUGUCACAGUAAAGUUUGAUAAAAUACACUAUUCUCCACUAUUGACUUAACCAGAGAAAAUGUAUCACAUAGCAACCUAUUCCCUAUAUAGUGCACUACUUUUGACCAGAGUGCGUGUCCCAAAUGGGACCCCAUUCUCUAUAUAGUGCACUACUUUUGACCAGGGUCCGCAUCCCAAAUGGGACCCUAUAUUCCCUAUAUAGUGCACUACUUUUGACCAGGGUCCGCAUCCCAAAUGGGACCCUAUAUUCCCUAUAUAGUGCACUACUUUUGACCAGGGCUGCAUCCCAAAUGGGACCCUAUUCCCUAUAUAGCUCACUACUUUUGACCAGAUGCCGCAUCCCAAAUGGGACACCAUUCCCUAUAUAGUGCACUACUUUUGACCAAAGCCCUAUGGGGCAUUUGAUGACAGAGAUUUGAUAUACCGAGGAUCCUCUGGGACCGAAAUGGGACACCAUUCCCUAUAUAGUGCACUACUUUUGACCAAAGCCCUAUGGGGCAUUUGAUGACAGAGAUUUGAUAUACCGAGGGAUCCUCUGGGACCAGGAAACAUGUUCAACCAGUUAGCUGGUGGGCAGAACAAGUGUACAGUAGAAUACAACCACAUCAGAUGUCAGGAAAGGGAAUCUCCACUACAGGUCUGAACACCAAGAGGUUUCCAUUAGACAUCAUGUAAAUACUAAUGAAGAGAUUUUACUAGGCUCUAUAUUCUGUUUCUUCACUCAUUCGUUUAUUAACAAACCUGCAAGUUGCAAUACAAAUUGUCACGUGGAAUGUAAAGAAGUUGCACAUCUAUUCGGUGAACUGUGAAUCAACUGUCAAUUGUAUAUGCUUUGAUUUCUUGAUUAAAUUGUAAAGUGGAGUGUUUUAAAUUUU